AAACAACCUGCAGAAAAGAAAUAGUCGAGCGGCGACGGACUGGCUAGCUCGAGCCCGAGGAGGCAGUUCCUCAGCCCCGGGUAGCAAUUGGCUGCGCGUGCACACACUGCGACUCCCCUCUUCUCUCUCUGUCGAUCCAUUUCCUAUCACGCGUUCUGUAAAAUUGCCUACACGCACACACACACGCACGAUGUGGUUUGCGUGUGUAUGCGUACACCGGAACUCAAAGUCCGUCGGUGGCGUCGGCAAAUUUGAAGAUUAACGAGGUUAUCCUCCAUUCGACCCGCGGAGAGAUAGAGAGAGAGGACCAGAAAGCACAGACUGCUGCGCCGAUCUACUUGCGUGUCGAGGCGGAAAGGGAGCUUGGCUCUGGCCAGCUGCGUUGUUGGACUGGAUCGAAUUGGACUCAGUGAAGAGCAGUAGGACUAUAUAAAGCCGGGGGGGAAUAUGACCGAUAAACGGAUGUCGCGGUGGUAUUUCGGGGGGCUCGCCUCCUGCGGGGCUGCCUGUUGCACCCAUCCUCUGGACCUCAUCAAAGUCCACCUGCAGACCCAGCAGAAGGGGAAGAUGGGGAUGGUGAGCAUGGCCAUGCAGGUAGUGAAGAACGAUGGAGCUCUGGCUCUGUACAACGGACUCAGCGCAUCACUCUGCAGACAGAUGUCCUAUUCUCUAACUAGAUUUGCUAUUUAUGAGACAGUCAGAGACAUGUUGAGCAGCAGUAACCAGGGGCCCAUGCCUUUCUACCAGAAGGUGCUGCUGGGGGCCUUCGGAGGUUUUACUGGCGGGUUCAUUGGCACUCCUGCAGACAUGGUGAACGUCAGGAUGCAGAAUGAUGUUAAACUACCUCCAGAACUGAGGAGAAACUACAAACAUGCUGUGGACGGUCUGUUCAGGGUCUUCAGAGAAGAGGGGGUGAGGAAGUUGUUCUCAGGAGCCACCAUGGCCUCCAGCAGAGGAGCUCUGGUCACCGUGGGACAGUUGGCAUGUUAUGACCAGGCUAAACAGCUGGUGCUGUCUUCAGGCUUCAUGGGAGAUAACAUCCUCACACACUUCCUGUCCAGCUUCAUCGCUGGAGGCUGUGCUACGUUCCUGUGUCAGCCUCUAGAUGUGAUGAAGACCAGGUUGAUGAACUCUAAAGGAGAAUACUCAGGUGUGAUACACUGUCUGAGAGUGACGGCUAAAGAGGGACCCAUGGCCUUCUACAAGGGUCUUGUUCCUGCAGGGAUCCGUCUGAUUCCUCACACUGUGCUCACCUUCAUCUUCCUAGAGCAGCUCAAGAACAACUUCGGCAUCGUCGUCAUCUCCUGAGCACGCUCCGUGACCUACGACCUUUACCCACUAACCCCCCGUCUCCUGCCAACGCCAACCAAUCCCCUGUCACUGCCAAGGUGCCACACCCCCCCAUCGCCCUGCGCUGUCCAAUCACACAGAGAGGUGGAUGUAGGGAUGGAAUGUCUGCUAUGCUAUCCUACCCGGCCCUCUUUCACCUGCUCUGGAAAUCAACCAAUCACCAGUGGAAAAGACUACGAAGGAACUGCCUACACCUGCACCAUCCCAGCCUUGUCCACAGGAAGAGUUGUCAUAGCAACGCCAGUCAAACCCUGCUGUGACAUCAUCUUCAUGCGUCUGUCAUCAUCAAUAGUGCCAUUCUCAAUGGGGGCUGCGCCUCAAAUCACACGCUAUUCCCUAUGUAGCGCAUUACUUAUUACCCUUAAUCUGUGUAGGGGACAUAGUGUCACCUGAGUUCACUCCUUAGGCAGUGUUAAUGUGUUUAUACUGUAGCCUUCCACCAUCAUCAUCAUCAUCAUCAUGUAUGUAUCACCCAAAUCAGUUUCAUUCCACACCACACCAGUCCUCAUGUAGUACUAGCAGUGUACUAGUUAUAGUAGUAUGUAUUACUAGUUGUAGUAGUAUGUAUUACUAGCAGUGUACUAGUUGUAGUAGUAUGUAUUACUAGCGGUGUACUAGUUGUAGUAGUAGUGUGUAUUACUAACAGUGUAGUAGUAAGUAUUACUAUAAUGUAUUACUGGUGUGACUGUAGAUCACUAUAACAUUGUCGUUCUAACUGGAACUCCUCUACCAUCUCAGAUACUGUCACAUCGGGGCGUGACGGUGACAAAGGGCCCUGUUCCUGUUCAUAACACUGUAACAGCAGCAGGUAGCCUCGAGGUUAAGAGCGUUGGGCCAGUAACCCGAAAGGUUGCCGUGUCGAAUCUCCGAGCUGACUAGUUAAUACAUCUGUUGUUGAGCCCUCGAGCGAGGAAGACACUUAACAGUGGCAUUGGGUGACGGUCCUAUUCCUGCCUAUAAGGGAUGCUGCAUAACAGGUUAUAAUGCCAUAACACCAUGGCUAUAAAGCUAUCACAUGCUUACAGACAGAGGUACUAAACAGAAGUUGCCCCUAGGCACUGAUUCUGGGUCAGACGUUAGUUGAAUCCCCCUACCAGUUAAAGUUAUUAUUGGUGCUGGGUGAUCUGAUCCUAUAUCUGUGGUUAUGGACAACAGUAGAAAUUCCCUCUAAGGGCAAUGUGACCACGAGAUAUAACUGGACAGAGAUAAGAGACGUAUAGUGAAUAGGUUGUACACUACCUUUGACCAGGCCCCAUAGGGCCCUAUAGGAGAUCAUUUAGAGAUACUGUGAGUUAGAGAGAGAUACUGUUUACUGGGACCUGGAUGAAACUGCUGGCUUUAAGGCACUUUAUUAAACACACACACACACCUACAGGUAACUUUAGGCAGUUGUCUGUAUGUAAUAGGGUCAUUUGGGGGGACACCCACCGUGAGUUCCAGUGAGUCAGGAUGCCUUUUCCCCUGUAGCCUCCAGGGGGCAGCAUGGUACUGUGUGUGUUUGGGAGACUGGUCAUUAUGAAUGAGUGACUGAUUAUUAACAGACAGGUAUGUCUCCGUGUGAAUGAGAGAGGAUUCAUUCAUAAAUGCUACUGUGAGAUUGUGUUUCAGUUAAUUGUUUGACUGUAUUUGAUAGGCCAUUAUCAAAGAGUGGUGUUGGGAACCACCCCUUGUACACACACACACACACACACAAUCUCUAGGAAUGGAAAUGAGAUUGUAGAUUUUUUUUUUACAUUUUAGUCAUUUAGCAGACGCUCUUAUCCAGAGCGACUUACAGUAGUGAAUGCAUACAUUUCAUUUCAUGCAUUUGUUUUUGUACUGAACCCAGCUCUGUGCGGCUGUACAUGUAUGGGUCUGUAUUUUGUAGAUUGUUUUUUUAAUUAAAAUACUAAUAAAUAAUAACUGUCACUCUC